AGACCAUGUGGCCAUUCCACUCCAAAAUAUGUCCACUGGCCACUCAUCCACUGAGAGCCCCGAGAGGCGUGGCAGCUGAGGGAACUUUAAACCUGGAAAAAGCCCGAGGAUUUUCGCCAUGGGUGAGCUGAGGAAAAAUCAAGGUACCCGCUUGCCUUGCGCGGUGGCAUAUCUAUCUGACAAUCGCCCAAUUCGAUUGACGAUCUUCCCCUUUCAUGGGCCCAAUCUUGCUUCUUCACGCUGCUCGAUCCGAAUAGGCUCGAUUGCCUUCACUUCAAUUCAGCCCUUCUUUCCCCUGGCAGCGGUCUAUCGGUUUAUCGGAGGUAUUCGCACUGAUGGUAGCGUGAUCUUCCUUCUCCUCAUCGUCGUGAUUGCCAUGCAGAUCGGUUGCAUGACAUCUGUGGCACAACACUAUGUGGCUUAGGUUAACUAUGCGCAACUUGAUUCUUCAUUGACUAUAAGAAGCUGUGACCACAGAGAGCAGCCCACGCUCGAUUCUGGUAAUACGCCAUUUCAAACAGUCCUUUCAUGAUAUUAUCAUUGUGAUAUCCUUUCUCUU